UAAUUACAUAAUAUCAAUUCAAAAACACGCGCGCUGAAAGUGAUAUCGACACCAUUUGUAAAUGGGAAGUUUUAGUUUAACAACAUCAUAUAAAAUAAGAAUUUAACUGUAAAUAUAAUGAUGGAAGCAAUUCAGUUUUUAUGAUGGAACUUCAGGGUAUUGACCAUUCAGAUGAUGUUGACAAUUCGUCGGCUGAUGACACAAUCUACUGUAGCCCCUGUGAGAAAGGGGACGGUAGCCAUACAAAUAUGAAGGUUACCCAAGACCAUGUUGUACUCAGUGGUGAUUCCAUGCCAUAUUUUCAUUCGCCUAAAGAUGGUAAAAAAGAAUUAACUGGAUGUACGGAACAAUGUCCGAGUCAUUCCAAUGAAGUUAUCAAGUUUUUCUGCUCCAAACACGAUUCUCUUAAUUGCAGAGAUUGUAUUGUUGUAGGUCAUCAAACAUGCAAAAUUGACUAUAUACCAGACAUUGCUGAAGGCUUUCGGCUGGGCAAGGACUUUGAAAGUCUGAAUACCAACAUUGCAAAAGUGGACCGCGACCUAGAAAACUGCGAUAAAUUGAUUGAAACAUGCCUGAAGACUAUUGAAGAAGAGGUGGCUGAAGAACUCGAACAAAUACGGGCACACAGAGAGGAGCUGGUUGCAUACUUCGACAAGAGAGAAAAAGAGCUGCUAGCCAAGGUGAAUGAUAUCAAGAAAAUCAAUGAUGAAAAUGUUCAAUCUUUUAAAAAAAGAUGCCAGGUUGCAAAAUAUAAAAUGAACGCAAUCAAAACAAGUCUAGAAUCACAUGAAAAUAACGUAAAUCAGUUAUUUAUUGUGGCUAAACAGUCCAAACGUCAGCUGGAGGAAAUUCGAACAACGUUAGAUGAUAUGAACACAAAUUUGUCAAUGCAGACUUCCAAGUUUGUUAAGGACCACGAAACUACUAAUCUGAUGAAGUCUCUUACAGCCCUUGGGACUAUUGAGGAAAACAAGAAAAUGCCACUACAAAAACCAACAAAUAAGGGUUUUCCAUUCAAAAAGGCCUCAUCAGCUGAAAUCUUAGUCAGGCAAGGUAAAAUGUUCACCCCAAGCUGGCUGAGUGGAAUCACCUUUCUGUCAGACGACAAAAUACUUGUCGCUGAUUGUGGGUACGGAAGUUCUUCUAGAAAGCCACACAGUAAUUAA